AUGCCUUUCGCGCUCAUCCUUGACGAUGUGAGCCUGGCACAUGUACCAGGCACAGUCAUCCUUGAUGACGCAAAAAGCACAAGUCAAGUUGUUCACCAACUCAAACACGGCACUGGGAGAAAUCGCCAUGUUGUGCUCGUUCCCCAGCCAUCGGAGGACGUCAAUGACCCUCUGAACUGGUCAACAGGGAAAAAAUUAGCUGCUUAUCUUGUCACCCUCUUCGGAACCUGCCUCUAUGCUGGCUGCACCUCCCCACUUCUCAACGCUGGUCUUCUGGUCAUUGCUGGCGAGUUCAAAGUCGGAAUCAUGGACGUCGCACUGCUCGCUGGAGAGCAGAUGCUUGUGGUCGGGGUGACCUCUCCCUUCGUCUUGGCCCUAGCACGAAAGUAUGGCAAACGCCCGAUAUACUUGUUCUCCUCCAUCAUGGCUGUGAUCGGCACGGUUGUAUGUCAGACUGCCAACGAAUUUCCGACUCUGCGAGCUGGGCGAGUGGUGCAGGGAUUCUCCGUCACUGCGUACGAGUCGAUCGUGUUUGCGUCUGUGGGAGACCUGUUCUUCGUCCACGAACGUGGCUUGUACCUUGCGGCCACCAAUUUCAUGUUUGCGGGAAUAUCGAGCUUGGUUUCUGUCAUCUCCGGGCCCAUCGUCGACAAUCUCGGAUGGCGAUAUCAAUUCCACAUCUUCUUGGCCGCAGUUGUCUUACAAACAAUCUUGCAGUUCUUUUUCGUCCCUGAAACGACUUAUCGCCGGGAUGUUCGAUAUAACAUUGGCACUGUCGUGGAGGAGAACCUUGAAGAGCUUGCCGUCGUCCAAGCCCAUAAUAUGGAGGACAAAGGGAGUAUCGAGCAUACAGAAGCUGUCCCUGCCACCAAAAAACGAACAUUCAGGCAAGGGCUGGCUCUGUAUCGCGGGAAGUACAGCGAUGAGAACUUGCUGCAGCUCUGGAUCGCUACUUUCGCUGUCAAUCUCAACCUGGCCGUUUUUCUCAUCGCCAUCCUGCAGGCAUUCUUCGCAUCUCUCCUGGUUGCGGUCGCCAUCUCGAUCGCGCAGCUCUUCGGGCUACCACCAUACAGCCUUACAACCGCUCAGAUAGGUUAUAUGUAUCUCGGUCCUUUCAUUGGCGCCAUAAUUGGGCUGGUGUUCUUUGGGCUGGUACAAGAUCCUUUGGCCAAGUACCUCUCACGGAAAAACAACGGUGUCUACGAGCCGGAAUAUCGUCUUCUCCUGUCUGUCCUAUCGCUCUCCACUAGCGCAGGUCUCUUCGCUUUCGGAUAUCUCACAGGUAGCAUGGGAACCACUUAUGCCUGCUCCGCUGUGUACGGAAUCGUCAUUUUUGGCGUCAUUGGCUGUCUCGCCACAACCAGCUCGUACAUCAUGGAUGCUUUUCAUGAUAUGAGCGCUGAAAUCUUCAUUGUCGGAAACUGCUUCAAGAACUUCGUUUUCUAUGGUAUGAGUCACUCUAUCAAUACCUGGCUUGCUCAGAAAGGGCCACAGAAGGUUUUCUUUACCUUGGGAGGGAUAGCUUUAGGAAUGAUGGUCAUUGUACCAAUUAUGUAUGUGUUUGGCAAGAAAUAUCGUAGUUUCUGGGCACGACACAACUUGUUGAAUAAAUGGCACAUUCGUACCCACGAGUACUAG